AUGCUUGAAAUUGAUUUCACUCACAAGGUCACCGAUGAGUUGGACGGUGAUUUAAAAUCGAUUACCACUCGCUCAUUUAAGAAGUCUUUCUUGAAACUUUGUACAGAUGGUGAUAUUGGACCAAAUGCUGGACCGCCGUUAGGAGAGAAAACAUGUCGAAUUGUGUACGAGUCAAACGAGAAACACGUUCCUCUAUAUGUAAAAGCGGCUCGGCAAGGCAAAACACCCAAUUAUCUCUGUAAAAUGGCGUUAAAAUGUUUUGAUCUUGGCGAA